GUACCUUCUUAAUGGAUUUACCUCCACUCUCUGAAUUAGAGUUGUAAAAUAUUUAUGCAUGGGUAAAUUCUGAAAUUUAAUUUACAGUUAGACAAACUCCCACUCUCAAGGGCUAAGAAGAAUAUUCAAAGAGAUUUUGCAGACGGAGCUAUGGUAGCUGAAAUUGUAUACCAUUACUUGCCCAAAUUAGUGGAGAAGCAUAAUUACCCUCAAGCUCAUAGUGUUUAAUAAAAGUAAUACAAUUGGAGCACUCUCAAUUUGAAAGUACUUAUAAAUACAAUUUGUUAGGUUUUCAAAAAACUUGGAUUUCAGUUAUCUAAAAAUGAUAUUGAUAGUGUUAUUGCUUGUUCGCCAGAAGCUAUUGAACGAGUUUUGAAGUUUUUGUAAAUCAAGAUUGAGAAAUAUUUGGAACAAUAAAAGGAAUUGGAGAAAAAGGCACUUGAAUAAUAAAAGCAAUAGUAAUAUUAAUAGCAACAAAAAUAGUAGGUGUAGGAGGAUCCCCUACAAAACCAAGAUUUUGGACUCAUCUUGGCUGAAAAGAAUCAAGCAAUUACAGAGUUGAAAGAAACUGUCGAAAUUUUAUAACUGAAAGUAAAAAAACUUGAGUAGCUCUUACAAAUUAAAGAUAAUAAAAUUUAAGGGUUAGUGAAUCAAUUGCAAGGUAAACAAUGA